ACACCACCAAUACCUCACACAUUCACUAACACACUCGAGGAGCAUUUCGAAGCGGGCACCCUUACCAGACGCUGACGUCCGCCGUGGGUCAGUUCUCUGUCUGACCAAAACUACAGAGUACACGCCAUUGCUUUAAGGGGAGGAAAGCGCAUUCUCCAGAGUCAGGAUGGAAACUGUUCAGGAGCGAAAGCCAAAAAGGCCCCACUACAUUCCCCGACCACCAGGAAAGCCCUUCAAGUACCAAAAAGUAGCCAAACAGCUCGACAGGGCAAAUCUGUAGCAAAGGAAGCCCUAGUAAAAUCUCAGGAGUGCACAAACAUCCCCCCAUCAGGUCAGGGCAGGAAUCCUGAGAAAGAGGGAGUCGAAGAGGACAAACAAGCGAGCGCUGAUGAUGCAGAAGAAGAAGAUGGUGGGCGUGACAGUCCGAACUGUAAGGACAGGCAAAGUGUGACAAAACCAGGCACGCUCACAGAGGCCGAGAGCAGCGAGAGCAGCGAGGCUCCAGAUCUGCCGCGCCCGUCUGCUUUCUCCCCGGUCACACCCAACCGUGAAGGAGCGGAGGCCCUGAAGUCAGCCGGUCAGCAGGCGGAGGAUUCACAGAAUAUCAGCCAACCCAGCUAUCCAUGGGGGAGAAUUUCGUCCACCAUUCCCUUGAAGCCAUUCCCCCCCCUUAUAGUUCCAGAAUACAAUCCCUUUCUCCUGCAUGAACGGCCUCUCUAUUCACCACUCUACCUUCCAGGACAUCCCCAUCUGAAUGAACCGAAUUCUUCUUCUUUCCAGCCCAAUUUUCUGGAUCCUCAGAGACCUGUGGCAACGCAACCCAUUGCCCUGUCUCAUGCACCCCCCUUUUCCCCUUACCCUUACAGAUAUUGCCAAACACUUCACUCAGGACCUCCUCUGCAUUACAAUCUAUGCAGACCACAUGAGCUGCCCAUGCCAAUUACAGGACAUCAGUAUCUUCCUUUGGAUCUCUAUUGUCCAAAUUUGGGCCAUAAGGAAUAUGACUUAUACAUGCAUUCACAUCCCAGUCAGAGCCACCCACACAGUACCACGCAAGAGGACAGCCACCCUGGCCAGAGUGGAGAAAAGGCCACGAGAUUGAGCCCUAAAGAGGGCUGUUCAGCCUCAGGGUCCCCCGACAGACCAAGUCAAUCGAAUAUCAUCCAGAGGGAUGCAGAGGCAUCACAGUACACCAACAUGGGUGCGUCUGCCACUGUCCUCCAGUUAAAAGAAAAAACUGCAGAUCUGGAAACCAUCAAAAACAAUUUCAGGAAAGAGGAGUCAGCAGAAACUUUGAUACAGUUAAGAGCUCAGCAUCUGGAUGGAUUAUCAGCCGAGGACAGCAGAUAUUCCUCAGUUUCUGCCUUUGAGCCGUGCUCCAGAACGCCAUCCGAGCCGGACCGGCAGGACGACACAGACAACCUGACACCCCUCAACCUCUCAACAAAAAGCCAGGACCAAGAGGAAAAUUGUGAAGGCAGACAGAUGGACUCAGCCACAAUUAAUUCAAGGAGCAAUGAAGCACCACUGAAUCUCAGCCUUCGCGCCUCUCACCGCAGCCCCGCGCACAGCCCUGCCCUGAACACUUCACUGGUUCUUCCUCAAAACACUGCUGGAGAUCUGGAUGAAGAACCGUGUGACCAGAGGCAGACUGCAGCCUUGGCCCUCUGCCAGCUUGCCACUGCAAGCUCGACAGCCCCUUCAUGUGACUUUACUACAGUCUGCCAGCCCUCAAAAAGUUCCACCACAAGUUCUGCUUCUCAGAAGAAUACCAAGCUAUAUACCAGGGCUAAGGAUAGAGGCAUGAAAAGACCCAACAGAGGCCAGGCUGAAAGCAAAAGCCAGAGACCAAACAAAAGAGCAAAGGCACCAGUACGGCCUCUGAGGAGGAGGCCUCGUUUCUGCUAGCAACUUAACCCAUACUGUUGCAAUGUAUCGUCAAAUCAAAAGACUUUAGACUAUCUUGAUUUAGCACUGAAAGAUCUUUUUUUUCACACGUCAACAGCUUUGCUAUGAAAGUAUAUAUGAAUAGAUAAAUAACUUGCAAUGAGAUCUUGUUUUAUGCAAAGACCUACUGUUGAAAUGGGACCUUUUUCAAAAGCUAACCUAACUGUGCUCUGGCUAAAGUUGCCAGAAGAAGGCAUGAUCAUGUAAAUAUCUAUAAUCAUUUCUGUAAAUACUUAUGAUUUAUAAUAAAGAGAUAACCAAAA